GAUACCCGUCCUAUUCUAAACGGUUUCAUAAAAGAGACGGCAAGACCUGAUCCCUUACUUUUAUGAACUCCUGCAACCUGACAUUCAGAGGAAAGUAUUUGAUGGAACUGAAUAAACUCUUAACAAAGAUGCAUCGUUUUUAUUUCAACUACGGCAGGUUAUCUGCAAAAGAUAACCUUUCCGGCUCCACGAAGCGCCAGUAACUACGCCAAGCUGGGGACAACAUUGGCUCAGGACUUGGGAAGUUUUACUUUAUGUCUGCAAAUGCGCACCGACAUGAGCUCCACGACUAAAGCAGGUCUGGUCAGCUAUGCUGUACAAGGACAAGCCAAUGAGCUACUCGUCUUUACUAAUGGAGGGAGCGAAUUCCAUUAUUGGGUUGGAGGUAAGAAGAUUGCCUUUGGUGCCUUGCCUGUUUGGGACGGCGAGAGGCAUGAAGUAUGUGUCACCUGGCGCAGCACCGGUGGAGCCUGGCAGAUGUACAUGGACGGCACUCUAAAGAAGUCCGGUUUUGGGCUGAACGUAGGAGGAAAAGUGCGCAGUGGUGGGACAUGGAUCCUUGGACAGGAGCAAGACACAGUUGGGGGAGGGUUCGACGUCAAUCAAGCGUUCAGCGGAGAACUGUCACAGGUGAACCUCUGGGACCGCGUGCUGACUCCAGCUGAGGUGGGGCCAGACUCCUGUGGUCAACAUGGCAACGUGAUUGACUGGGAAACCGCGGACAUCGAGGUUUUUGGACUGGCCACUAGUGCUGAAUAUCGCUGCGUUUCGGACUAG